AUGCCAGCCCUUGCAGAAGCCGCCUUUGCCGCUCCGUACGAACUUUCCCCUCUCCUCAAGGCAGGGAAAGAAAACGGCCUUUCGGUAGCCCCUAAGGCUAAGGUUGACAUCAUUGACAUCCGUGGCGCGGCUGUCGAGAUCAACCUGAAGGAGGACAUUCUGUCACUGUUCAGCCCUGAGAAUGGGCCUAGGAAGCUGCCCACGCUUCUCCUUUACGACGAGAAGGGGCUGCAGCUCUUCGAGGAGAUCACGUAUCUGGAAGAGUACUACUUGACCAAUGACGAAAUUGCAUUGCUGAAAUCUGCUUCUGCUGAAAUAGCAAAGACAAUCCCCUCGGGCUCCGCGAUCAUCGAGCUGGGCAGCGGCAAUCUUCGCAAAGUAAACUUGCUUCUGCAAGCACUGGAGGAUGCAGAGAAGCGGGUAGACUACUAUGCCUUGGACCUGUCGAGAACGGAGCUGGAGCGUACACUGGCCCAACUUCCGGCCUAUCAGCACAUCAGUUGCCAUGGCUUGCUUGGGACGUACGACGACGGCAGAGAAUGGCUGAAGGUGCCAUUCAACGUCUCGAGGCAGAAGUGCAUAUUGAGCCUGGGAUCGAGCAUCGGGAACUUCCUGCGAGGUGAUGCUGCCGACUUCCUCGGGGGGUUCGCCCAUGUCCUGGGCAACGGCGAUACUAUGUUAAUCGGGCUGGACGGAUGUCAGGACCCAGCAAAAGUAUAUCACGCUUAUAAUGACAGGAAAGGUCUCACUCAUCAAUUCAUACUCAAUGGCCUCGCCCAUGCCAACGAGGUUCUUGGGCAUGAUGCCUUCAAACUGGAGGACUGGAGGGUCAUUGGCGAAUACGUCUUCGAUGCUUGCCAAGGAGGACGUCACCAAGCGUUUUACUCGCCCCUUCGUGACACGUUAGUCAUGGGAGAGCUCAUCCGGCCUCACGAUCGCAUCCAGGUGGAGCAGAGCCUGAAAUUCUCCGAAGAGGAGGCCGAACAGCUCUGGCAGACGGCAGGCAUGAUCGAGAUUGGCCAGUGGAAAUACCAGGACGAGUAUGGACUCCAUAUGCUCACCAAACCGAAGAUGCCAUUUAGUCUAGUGCCGACCUCAUACGCAAGCUCGGCCCUGCCCACAGUCGAAGACUGGCAGGCACUGUGGGCUGCGUGGGAUGUCGUCACUCGUAGUAUGCUGCCGAAGGAGGAGCUCCUGGACAAGCCAAUCAAGCUUCGCAACGCCUGCAUAUUCUACCUGGGUCAUAUACCAACCUUCCUCGACAUCCAGCUGACUAAGACCACCCACGAACCCCCAACCGAUCCGGCUUACUAUCACGGCAUCUUCGAGAGGGGCAUUGACCCCGAUGUCGACAAUCCGGAACUCUGCCAUGCUCACUCAGAGAUCCCGGACGAAUGGCCGCCCCAGGACGAAAUUCUAACCUACCAAGGCCGGGUUCGGGAUAGAGUGCUGUCGCUGUAUUCGAAUGGCGCGAAGGCGAUUCCGCGGAAUGUCGGCCGGGCCCUGUGGGUCGGUUUUGAGCAUGAGGCCAUGCAUCUGGAGACGCUACUCUACAUGAUGCUCCAGAGCGACAAGACAUCGCCACCUCCCAACAUCCCGCAUCCAGACUGGGAGGCACUUGCGGCAAAGGCACGCUCUGCGAGAGUCCCGAACAGAUGGUUUGAUAUCCCUGCGCAGGAGAUCUCGGUCGGCAUCGAUGAGCCCGAAGACAUGACUGAUCCGGAUGCUGAUUAUGGAUGGGAUAACGAGAAGCCUCGCAGACUCGCCAAAGUAGGUGCCUUCCAAGCACGGGGGAGGCCGAUCACGAAUGAAGAGUACGCCCAUUAUAUGUACGAGAGGCACAUCACCAAGGUGCCAGAGGCUUGGGCUGAGGUCGGUCCCGACACGCCGGCGAAGGAGACUAAUGGCCUUACCAACGGAGCCGGGGCCGUCAAUGGCUUUGUUAAUGGGCACAACGGCCAUGCAAACGACACAUCGGAUGUUCUGAAGUCGUUCCUGGAGGGCAAGUUUGCCCGGACGGUCUAUGGACUCGUGCCGCUCAAACACGCCCUCGACUGGCCCGUCUUUGCAUCAUACGAUGAGCUUUCCGGAUGUGCCUCCUGGAUGGGCGGCCGGAUCCCCACGUUCGAAGAAGCUCGCAGCGUAUACUCGUAUGUCGAUGCUCUUAAGCGAGAGGAGGCAGAAAACAAGCUCGGGAAAACCGUCCCUGCGGUCAAUGGUCACCUGUCGAACGAUGGAGUCGAGGAGACGCCCCCACACCCGGAUGCAGAUGGGGUCGAUGAGGGUCCAUCCGAACGGAAUGAACUCUUUAUCGACCUCGAGGGUGCCAAUGUUGGAUUCCAACGUUGGCACCCGGUCCCCGUCACGGCCAAUGGCGACCGACUGGCCGGCCAGGCCGAGAUGGGGGGUGUGUGGGAAUGGACGAGCUCCGUCCUCCGGAAGUGGGACGGCUUCACGCCCAUGUCCCUGUAUCCGGGAUAUACGGCCGACUUCUUCGACGAGAAGCAUAACAUCGUCCUCGGAGGUUCAUGGGCGACGCAUCCGCGUAUUGCCGGAAGGAAGUCCUUCGUGAACUGGUACCAGCGCAACUAUCUGUAUGCGUGGUGCGGGGCGAGGGUUGUCCGAGACAACAAUUAG